AUGGACUCACCAGCAAUCCAGCGAUGUCUCAAAGAUAUCCGCAAACGACGGAAAGAUUUACGCCUCAUCCCACCUGCAGAUGUGGUCAUCGACUACUCGGACCCAACGUCCUUGUUAGGCGAAGGCGGGUUUUGUUCCGCCUACCGCGCGACGUACAACGAGCACACGGUCUGCGCGAGAGUCAUCGACGAAGACCGGGAGGUGAACAAAGAACAAACCGCAGUUGGGGAAGUGGCGACGAUUUCAAACUUACCGGAAAUCGCGGUGAAGAUAUUCGGGUACACGUGGACGCAAAAGCCCGGGCCGACGUUCGAUAAGAGGAAGCACCUGGCGGUGAUAUGCGAGUUAUGUCCGCACGGGAACUUGGAGGAUUUUAUGAAACGAGAGAAGGAACCGCUGACGCCGAGCGUGAAACUGGAUUGUUUUUUACAAGUCUUGGACGGGUUGGAGCAGUUGAAAGCGAAGAGAGUGAUAUGGAGAGACUUGAAGGCGAAGAAUAUUUUGGUGCGAGACGUGAAGCGACACGCGAAGACGAAGAAGGUGACGAAAGUGACGAUCGCGUUUACCGAUUGGGGGACAGCCGUGGAGUUACCGAAAAUGGGGAAACGACGGAUGACGUUGCACGGACCAGGAACGGAUGGGUACAUCGCUCCAGAAACGAGAGGGAACGGGUACGAUUACCAGGUGGACAUGUGGGCGUUUUUACUCUGGGCGGCGAGUAUGUGUUUAACCGUCGAAUGUUUAGUCGAUUGUCGAUUGGAAGAAAAGUUGGCCGAGUUACAGUUGGAGAAGAAAUCACACGCGACGAGUGCGCAAGAGAAGAAAGUCCUUUCGAUUUUAGACGCGUUUGACUUUGAGGUGGAGAGAGGGUGCGCGCCGAUUUACAACUUUUUGAAAAAGGAAACCCAGUGGGUGGAACCGACACAGCGGUGGUCGUGCGACGAGGCGAUUGAAUGUUUAGUGACGUUUCGAGACGAGAACGUGCACUUGCAGAUGCCCACGGAGUAUGCGUGCACACCGGCGAAGAGAGAUAAUUCGUUCUACGAAGAGAGCAGCGACGAGGAAGAAGAAGAAGAGGAGGAGGAGGAGGAGGAAGAGGAGAACGAAAACGACGAAAACGAGGCGCCCGGGACGGAGAUCAAAGGUACUCUCGUCAAGCCAACAACCAUAGCGCAAAAGCGGUUCAACGCGCACAACAUGGGGGGCAUCGCCAUGAACCUCAACUCCGUUCAAAGAACGCCGUAUAACCCAAUGUCGGAGAAAUACACGCCUAUUGCCAGUCGUAAAAAAUCUGCCACGUUUCAGUUGGACCACGAAAACAACGUCUACUCGACGGCGAAGAAACCAAACUCGUCUUCGUCGAGGAAAACGGACCAACCGUUGAGAUCAAUCUUAAAAACUGGUGGAAGCAAUACCAGUCGAAGCGCGAAUGGAAGCGCAAACAACUACAGUUACGCGUCACCGGUUCGGUUUGAAGAUAAACCGUCGCCGAUGGUUGUGUACUCGGAGACGCCUGGAUUUAACCGACGACCGAUGCACUCGAGACGAAAUGGCGAAGUUGUUUUACCGCCUCCGUUGUUCGCCGAGGCUGAGCGAGAGGCAGAGUUGUUCAAAGAGAAAAUGUUACAAAAAGAACGAAACGGAGGCGAUGAAGAUGGAGAGGAGGACGAUAGCGGAGAGGAGGAAGAAGAGAUUGAAACGACGCAACCGUUAGACGCCGGGAACAAAGAAAAUACCAUCGACGAAGCAAACUCGGGGGCCGGGUCGCGUAUUUUCGCCAUGUCACCGCGCAAGUUAGUCGGAAGAAACAGCGCUUUGCAGUCAUCGAACGAGAACAACAAAAGGAAUAACACCAACAAUAAGAAUGCUCGAACGUCGAAGCGCGACGUGAAGCCGCCGAAGAUUUUUAGUCCUCAGGUCAUCGAGAAAGGAAGCAGAAAGCGAAAAGCGGCGGCUACGGCUGCUUCUGCUGCUGUCAAUGCGGUAGCUUCUAAACGACGAGGCCAACCUGCUGCUGCUUCUGCUAGUGCUGCUGCUGCUGCUGACAACUCCAUGGCGAUGGUGUUGAAAACCGCCGGGUGCUCAAAAUGUCGAUGGUCGUCGAGAGGUUGCGGCAAGUGCGAUCCAGACACACCGAGAGUCCCGAGAGGUAUUUCAGCGGCAAGAAAGAAGGCGAGAGAAGCGGCGACGAAAUCCAAGGUAACCGCCAAACGUCCAAGAGGCCGCCCGCCCGCAACUAAGAAUAAUAAUAAUAACAACAACAAAAAGUUAGCGGUGGUGAAGACGCAAGCGACGAAGAAGACGAGAGUAGUACGAAAGAAAACAAAAGCAUCUUUGGUGCAGAAAAAGACGGCGUCGACGAAGGAUACAUCCACUGGUUGCUCCAAGUGUCGAUACUCUAAAAACGGAUGUGGCAUGUGCGAUCCGUCCAAGCCGAGACAACGAAGAGGUCCGAGGAAGAGCACGGAUUCGUCUCAAGUCUUGUGUCUCCCGGCGCCCGGAGAGGAAGACGGGGGAGGAAGACAAGUAAUAAGGACGUACGAACGAAGAAAAAACCCGGUGGGUCGACCAACGAAACACACUCGAGCGGUUCGAACCGAGUUGGGAUGUUCCAAGUGUCGGUACACCGCGUGUUCGAAAUGUCGAAGCGAGUUGGCUUUCGACCGAGCUUUGUUCGGUACUCCGGCUGCGCCAAAGACCAAAUCGCGACUGUCGUCUUGA